AUGAUUGCAGAUUACCUGGCAGUCACUGUCGAACCACUUCCGGCAAAUCUUGCAAAUGCCAUCAACGGCAGCUGCAACAAGGCAAAGAUCACCGUGAAGAGCAUUGAAACGGCCGGAUCCGUACGCACCAAAACAGCUGCGUGGUCUUCCUCAGACUUAGACCUGAACAUCUACAGCGCGGAAAACGUCACCCGCGCACAGCGAAGUUUAUUCAAAGAUGAUUUGAAUGCCAGGCUAUUGAAUGAAAAGGAUGGAUGGAGUGUUCAUCGCUUAGGCAAGAAAUGUCUCCAGUUGAAGGGUCCCCGGCAUGAGCACGUGGAUGUUGCUUUUGUGAAUACGACUUUCAACUGGGGGUUCAUUGACCGUAGAGCGAACGUUGAGUUCUUCGCCAGCCACAAAUCGGCGCAACGAGCUGUGAGGAUGUUCAAAUAUGUGUUCCAAAACGCCCAGGGCCUGUGCGGAGUUCAUAUCGAAAACCUGGCUCGUGAUGUCUUCCGGACGGGCAUGACGGCAAAGCAGCAGUUCGAUGAAAUGCUGGUGCAGCUGCAAAACAACGGCUGCCAUGUGCAGAAGGUAAUCGAGGACGCGGUUGACAAGGCCAAGGUAGGUGACCAGGGUGCCCGUCGCGUUGAGUUGCGGAAGCAAGUCAAGCGAAUGACGACCGUCAUUCAUAGUUCUGGUGUCCGUCUGCAAGGUGUCACUCAUACAAGGCGUCGCCGAGUCCCUGGGAGAGACAAAGCCAGAGCUGUAGCCCUGUCAACUCAUUUCGGCGGCUGCUAG